AUGCCACCCUCAAACAAACUCGCAGACUUGUCAAACUCGCGCAUUUUGACCCCCAGAGAUGCCAAACGACUCGCAAAGAACUCAGUCCAAUCCGUCGCUGAAUUGUCAGAGCCCCAAUAUGCCUCUCUACAACGAAAAUCUAUAAAUGCCGGCACCCCCUCUCACCUCAAGGUGGCACCUCCCAUCAACCUUCAGCCGUUUCCGUCAACGCUACGCCUCCCUCCCACAGCCCGUACGCCGCGGCCUUGGGGCCCUUAA